AGACCAGCCUGCCUUUCUCCGUGGAACGCGUUAUUAUAUCUGGGUCACUAGAAUUCACUGGGUACUUUUCAUUGGCUGCUACGGCUUGGGAAAUAGUAGAUAAAAAUUAGUGACUGUCUAGUUGAAUUUCUCGUAGUGCACUACAAGAAAUUGUAUAUUUGUUAUAUAUGGAUCAACAGUAGUUCAGGGUGGCACCUCAUUAAUUAAUUGCCUCUUCGGUAGAAGUAAAAAGCCUAAGACCGGAGAAGCACCUGAUGGGAGGUGACAGUGUAGUCGGUCACCUGAGAACCGGGGCCUUGAACGGACUUGGGCACGCCCCGUGCCCCUAGGACAACUGCACGCCAGGUAGAUAGACACGCUUAAGGACCAGGGCAGAGAAGGGAGAGUGGGAGGCACUGCGGGACUUGAGUGGCUCGGAGGGUUCUAGACCCCAGGGAACCGGUCUGACUAGCCGGCCUAGAGGCCUCGGGCAAUGGCAGCGCGGCCCGCUGCUCUCUCCCCUUUGUCGGGGUAGAACGGCCUUCGCGCGGAGAGCCCAGGGUCUCCAGUUAAAGGCCGCGUCCAACCUGGCCCCGCCCUCGCCCAGCGUAGGCGGGUUCCCUCCCGCUGGCCCGCCCCGCUUCUCGUUUGUGGGCGCGACCGCCUUCAUUCGCCUGCGACUUGUCGCUCGGGUGACGUCACGGGGCCGGGUCCUUUUCAUUGGCCCAUUUCAAUAGUCGCGGGAUACUUGAACUGCAGGAACAGACGCUUCUCCGGCGGGCUGCUGGCUGAGUCUGGGGGUGACCUUUUCCCUCCACGCCCGGCGGUGCCUGCUCCUUUCGCGGCCUCGCCGGUUCUCAGCGAUCCCGGGCGGGAGGGCGGGCGGGCGGGCGGGCUGGCCCGGGCUGCGGCGGGCGGCUACGACUGGAGCGCUGCUCGGCGCGGCCGGUCGGCGGGACCGAGUGCACGCUGCUUGGCGCCGCAGGCUCAUCCAGCUCUGCUCUCGGGAGCAGAGAUGUUGGGCAGCUCUGCGGCCCGCGAGGCGGGCUCGGCGCUGCUCACAGUGCAGCAGACAGCACCCGAAGAGGACCAGGAGAACAUCGACCCCGAGAAGGCGUCGCCCACCCAGCAGCCCCGGACCCGGGCCGGGCUGGCGGUGCUGAAGGCCGGGAACCAGCGGGGUCCAGCGCCGCCUCAGAGGCCCAAGACGCGACGGGUUGCACCCCUUAAGGAUCUUAAUGUAAAUGAUGAGCAUGUCAUUGUUCCUCCCUGGAAUGCAAACAGUAAACAGUCUGCAUUUACCAUCCAUGUGGAUGAAGCAGAAGAGACUCAAAAGAGGCCAGGUGAACCCCAAAACACAGAAUGUGAAGAUGUCCUGGCGUUUAAUUCAGCUAUUGCUUUACCUGAACCGAGAAAACCACUGGUACCUCUUGAUUAUCCAAUGGAUGGAAGUUUUGAGUCACCACAGACAAUGGAUAUGUCCAUCAUAUUGGAAGAUGAGAAGCCAGUGAAUGUUAACGAAGUCCCAGACUACCACGAGGACAUCCACACCUACCUUAGGGAAAUGGAGGUUAAAUGUAAGCCUAAAGUGGGUUACAUGAAGAAACAGCCAGACAUCACCAACAGUAUGAGGGCUAUCCUCGUGGACUGGUUAGUUGAAGUAGGAGAAGAAUAUAAACUACAGAAUGAGACCCUGCACUUGGCUGUGAACUAUAUUGACAGGUUCCUUUCAUCCAUGUCUGUGUUGAGAGGAAAACUUCAGCUUGUGGGCACUGCUGCUAUGCUGUUAGCCUCGAAGUUUGAAGAAAUUUACCCCCCAGAAGUAGCAGAGUUUGUGUACAUUACAGACGACACCUACACCAAGAAGCAGGUUCUCAGAAUGGAGCACCUGGUCCUCAAAGUCCUUGCUUUCGACUUGGCCGCCCCAACCAUCAAUCAAUUCCUCACCCAGUACUUUCUGCACCAGCAGCCUGCAAACUGCAAAGUUGAAAGCUUAGCAAUGUUUCUGGGGGAGCUGAGUCUGAUUGAUGCGGACCCGUACCUCCAGUACCUGCCCUCAGUGAUCGCCGGCGCGGCCUUUCACCUAGCACUCUACACAGUCACGGGUCAGAGCUGGCCUGACUCCUUGGUGCAGCAGACGGGAUACACCCUGGAGAGCCUGAAGCCCUGUCUCCUGGACCUGCACCAGACCUACCUCAGGGCCCCGCAGCACGCCCAGCAGUCGGUCAGAGAGAAGUACAAGCACCCCAAGUACCAUGGCGUCUCCCUCCUCGUCCCACCAGAGACACUACAGGUGUGGCAGGGAGCAGCCGCCCCCGCUUCUAAGGUCUGACUCCGUCCGAGGACAGGGUGUGGUUUUUACUGUAGGUCUUUACAAUCAUUUCUGGACACAGGCGUUAUUCUCAAUACAAAUUAUGCUAUUUUUAAGUGGUUUUAAUUUGUAUAUCUUUUGUACAUGUAACUAUCUUAGAUAUGUGGCCAAUUUUAAGUGGUUUUGUUAAAGUAUUAAUGAUGCCAACGGUCAGGAUAAGAAUAAGAAUUAAUAAAUUGAUUUAGAAAACCUG